AUGGUGGCGCUCUACACAUGCACCAAAUGCCACCAGCUCUUCCCCUUGGAGGCGCUGUCUCAGGGGCAGCAGCUGUGCAAGGAAUGUCAGAUUGCACCUGUCGUGAAGUGCACCUACUGCAGGACUGAGUACCAGCAGGAGAGUAAAAACAAUACAAUAUGCAAGAAAUGUGCUCAGAAUGUACAGUUGUAUGGAACACCCAAACCUUGUCAGUAUUGCAACAUAAUUGCAGCAUUUAUUGGCAAUAAAUGCCAGCACUUCACAAAUUCAGAGAUGUAUGGACCACCCUAUUCUUGUGAACAGUGUAAGCAACAAUGUGCAUUUGACAGGAAAGAUGAUAGAAAGAAGGUAGAUGGGAAAUUGCUGUGCUUGCUGUGCACACUUUCAUACAAACAGGUCCUUCAGAAGACCAAAGAGCAGAGGAAACACCUGGGCAGCUCUUCUCGUGCUGGCCAUCAGGAGAAGGAGCAGUAUAGUCGCCUGACUGGUGGUGGCCAUUAUACCAGCCAGAAAACCCUUUCUACAUCUUCAAUUCAAAAUGAAAUCCCAAAGAAAAAGUCCAAGUUUGAGUCCAUCACAACUAAUGGAGACAGCUUUUCCCCAGACCUGGCUCUGGACUCACCAGGCAUUGACCACUUUGUCAUCAUUGCCCAGCUGAAGGAAGAAGUGGCUACCCUGAAGAAGAUGUUGCAUCAAAAGGAUCAAAUGAUUUUCGAGAAGGAGAAAAAGAGUACGGAGUUAAAGGCUGAUUUUCAAUACCAGGAAUCUCAGAUGAGAGCCAAAAUGAACCAGAUGGAGAAAACCCACAUAGAAGUUACAGAACAAUUGCAGGCCAAAAACUGA